AUGUUGAGCCGGUUUGACAGACAGGUUAGAAUCUGGGGAGCUCCAGCUCAGACUUAUUUGGAGCGAGCACAUGUUUGCCUGGUUGCGAAGAGUUUCCAUGAUGCAUUGCUGCAGGAAAUAUUGAAAAGCUUGGCAUUGACAGGUAUAGGUGAAAUCACAUUACUGCUGGAAGAUCCGGAGAGCGCGAAGGAUCUGUACAGCGCUGAUGCCAGUUCUUUCUUUGCUGUAAAUGAAACACUUUUGGGCGAGAAGCUUGUUACCGAUAUUUCAAGUUGGAAAUGCUUGGACGAACCGCUUUGUGUUUACACAAUUAUCGUAGCCGUCAAUCUAGAGCGCAAUGAGGAACUGGAUUGGCUCGUCAGGCGCCGGGAACCCUUGGUUGUUGCGUCCGCCAAGGACUUUUCAGGACAUGUUGAACUGUGCUUGAAGGAAGGACACUUUGUGAUCGAUAGCCUUCCUGGGUAUUCCAUCCCUGACGUACGUAUAUGCGAUGCUUGGCCUGAGCUGAGAGAAUUUUACGAGUCGUUCGAUCUUGCCCAGUGGUUGAGUUCUGGCCGUUUAUCAGAGAUUCCGUAUCCUGUCAUUCUCUACCAUAUGGUUAAAGACGUAGCUAAGAAAGAUCUCGUGAAUACGAGCUCAAAGUACGUGAGGAGCAAGAUUGAAGAGCAAUUUCCAAACAAUCUUGACGAUCUCAAUAUCAUUGAGGCGAAGAGAUUUGCCCAUUUAGCGAUCCGAAGUUUCGACCAUUGCGGCCGCAUGGUAAAGUUUCUGCUUAACGUGGGACCUGAAUUAUCUAGGAACCAGUGGUUCGAUCCAUUGAAUCAUGAGACUGCUUAUUUCCUGAAGUGUUUGAGACAAUACUAUUAUCGAUACGAGAGCCUGCCCAUAUCUGGUUAUUUACCAGACAUGGAAUCCAGCACGGAGCUUUAUGGUCGCUUGAAAUGUUUGUAUCGGAACAAACAUAGCGAAGAUAUCCGGUGCUUCAACGAUAUAAUGUCAGAAGAGGGAGGACAACCGUCUCUCCCCUCUGGUGCGGAGGAUGUUUUCAUAAGAAAGUUAAGGUAUCUGGAAUUUUGCCCCGCCAAGCCAGUAAUUUAUCAAAUACCGAACACAGGACGCCGUCCGCGUCCAUUACCGAGUGUAUUAAGUCGAUAUACGGAAAAAGCAAAUGAGCCCGGAGGCCAGAAUGAAGCUAUUACUUUUCACACAAGUUGUUUCAUUGGCGGAGUAGCAUCUCAGGAGAUUAUAAAGCUUAUAACGCACCAGCAUGUGCCAAUAAGUGAGCAAUAUCGCUACGAACAACAGGAUAAGUGGCGGAGUAGCAUCUCAGGAGAUUAA